AAGUCGCCUCAUGAUGGGGGAGAAGAAAACGUCGGCCCGCGUGCCCGAGGGGGCUCCCCGGAGGGUCCUGGACGGGGCCACGCGGCAGCGGCGGCUGCACCGGCAGCUGGAGGCGCUGGAGAACGACAACUUCGGGGAUGAUCCACAGGCCGGACUGCCCCGGCCCGGCAAGAGACUGCCGCACUUCAGUGACACCGCCGAGACCGGAAAGAAGAAGAAGAAAACUCGGGGUGAUCAUUUCAAGCUGCGCUUCCGAAAGAAUUUCCAGGCACUGCUGGAGGAGUGCCUGAAGUGGACGGUGUGA